GCAGGCGUCCGCUCUGAACUAGCUGACCAGCUGCUGGGAGGGCACUUGACAAAAAAACAUUUCUUUGAACAGGAGUGUCCCUAUCACCAGGUGGCAUAUCACAAAGGGGCGACGUCAAUUCCUUCAAGUAUCAUAUAGGCGAGGUCAGUUUCACGCCGGUCCCUCACAGCACCUAUAGGACAUUGCCGACAAAGGGCAAGAAACGUUUUUCCUUAAAACGUGCCUGCAUAAGAAGAAAGACGUAAAGGCAAUGAAGAACCGACGGCCGGCCUGCCAAAUAAUAGACGGAGUGCCCAGAUGCAUCAACAUAAAUGCUGAAAGGCUCAGAGAAAAUCUCAAGUUCAGAGCGAAGAAAGGAGACGUCGUAGAAUACACAUUUCCGAAGAGCGGAACGCAUUGGCUGAUGUACAUCACGCAGCUCAUCCUGAGGGAAGGAGAACCAAUAACAACUCACGACGAGUUCACUAAGGAAUGGCGCUUUCUAGAGUACAUGGACAUCAAUGACUGGAAAUCAUCUCUGCCACUGAGGACAUUUUCUACACACCUUCUUCCGGACAAAACAGCAAUGACGGACGAAGGGAAGUACAUCUACGUUGCCCGCAAUCCUUGGGAUGUUUGCGUUUCGUUCUACCACAUGACCACCAACCUGAGUGGGUUCGAUUUCCAGGAUGGCACGUUCGAAGAGUUUGUUGACACUUUUGUCAGUGGUAACUUUGGUUACGGGGAUUACUUCGAACACGUUGCAUUGGGUUACUCCCUGAGGGAACGGCCGAAUGUCUUCUUCGUGACUUUUGAAGAACUGAAAAAGAACACGCGAGAGGUCGUGCUGAGACUGGCUCACUUUUUGGGAGAGCGGUACGGCCGCGCCCUAGAAAAUGAUGAGUCGAAGCUUCAAGAGCUCCUGAAGAGGUCGCAUCCCGAUAACAUGCGAAGCGUGGUGGUAAUUAACUUCAACGGCAGUGCGAAUCCUCACUGGAAUACAGUGAUCACUCAAAGAAAAUUUACCUGCAAGGAAGGCUACGAGGGAGACGAGAACCGUUACGCCCUCGUUAGAAAAGCCAAGGUUGGUGAUUGGAAGGAGCACUUUACACCUGUCCUUCUGCGGCGCACGGAGAGUCGGAUUCUUGAGGCGGAGAAGGAAUCGUCAUUCAUGGACCUGUGGAAGGAUAUUCGAGCUGAAACGAUUCAGGCUAUUCAGAGUUCCGAAUAAAUAUC